CACUAGCCACGACUCUAGGAUACAGGACGGACCAAUAGCUUCCGCGCCAUCUUGACCUGAACAAGUGCAACUCUAUAGUUCCAUAAGCUGGAAAAUGGAACAAGACUUUCCCGGAAGUAUUGAACUCUGGUGUGCUUUAGGGGAUUCCUAUGAACAUCAGAGCCUAAACGUGAUACCGCUUAGUUUUGAGCUGGGAGGUAACAUGAUAUCAGCUAGCAUGUUCAAGGAGCAGAAUGCAAUGUAUUACUUCAAAGGCUGUUUGGGAUCAGCCAGGAGGGCCUGGCCAUUGGCGGGCCCGCGCCUGGCAAGGCGACCGCCACCAGCAACUUCAUGACGCAGUUUCAGAAGAAGGUCUUGGACAAGAUCCUGCGACCGUCGACUAUCACUGCAGACCACGGUGCUGUGGCAGCCGCAGUGGGAGCUGAGGCAGUCGAUACUGCGGCUAACGACGGUGAUGGUGCAGCAGCGAGAGCAGCCGCUGGGGACCACGAACAGGCGGUGGGUGGUGGAGAGGCUGCUGCCAUGGGCACGCAUGCCGUGGAUGGUGGCACGGGUGGCGGCCGCACAGCAGGCGUCGCAGCAGCAGCAACCGCAGGGGGGGACACCGGCACGGGUCCCAGGCAGGGCGAGGCGGGCGUUGCCCAGGACGAGGAUACCACCAACUAUGAUGCGUUCAAGGAGUGGGUCGGCGAGGUGCCAAGAGCGGCUAAGGGCGCAGCUGGCAAGCGCAGGCGGGGUGGCGGUGAUGACGACGACCUGGGUGCGAGGUCGGGGUGCAAGGUUGGAAAUAAACGGCAGAAGGGGAACAAGGGCGCAGGCCAGGGCAGGGGUGCAAGCAAGGGGACCACCAGAGGUGCGGGGAAGGGCGGCGCAGGCAAGGGAGGGCGGAGGGGGCGGACAGAGGGUGGUAGCUCGGAGGGUGGGUCGGAUGCUGGUGAGGAAGAGGUCCUAGCCGCUGGCGCUGGGGAGGAGUCCAGCUCGGAGGACCCGGGCAAAUAUAGCGAAGCUAGCAGCAGCAGCAGUGGCAGUGGCAGCAGCGACAGUGGUGGAAGUGAGCAGUAACAUGGCAGCAGUGAUGAGCGCUUGGGGGUGCACACACCAGGUCGGCCCCAGGCAGGAUGGGACAGACCAAUCCCAAUAGGUGCCGGUACAUGUCAUGCAUCGGGGGUUUCAUCCGUAGGAGUAGGCACGAACUCUGCAAGUGGUGGUGAGACUCCUUGGCGAGCACUUGCUGUAUGGGGGGUGACAUGAACGCUGUUUUCAAGGACGAUGGUUGAGAUGAAUGCAUCAGGCUGUCAGGCUGGCUGGUUGGCGUUGUGAGUCCAAAGCGCCUUGGUCCACAAGCACACUGAGACUUAGGCUACUUUGACAAGGGGUGUGCGUCCAUUUUGAGGCUUGCCGCAAGUAUUCACCAAUCGUUAAUUUAACAUGCAGUAAGUGUCACAUCGCAGAGUAAUAUCUGCCUGUGUAACCCGUGAUAACAGGGUCUUCACCCGUAAUUGUACGUGUAAUUGGUUACAUGCCCCGUAAUUUACCUGCAGCACCGCGUAAUAUUCACCCGUAAUCACUGGGUCUUCACCCGUAAUUUUGCGNNNAAUUGGUUACAUGCGCCCGUAAUUCACCUCCAGCACCGCGUAAAAUCCACCCGUAAUCACUGGGUCUUCACCCGUAAGUUUGCGUGUAAUUGGUUACAUGCGCCCGUAAUUCACCUCCAGCACCGCGUAAAAUCCACCCGUAAUCACUGGGUCUUCACCCGUAAUUUUGCGUGUAAUUGGUUACAUGCGCCCGUAAUUCACCUCCAGCACCGCGUAAAAUCCACCCGUAAUCACUGGGUCUUCACCCGUAAUUUUGCGUGUAAUUGGUUACAUGCGCCCGUAAUUCACCUCCAGCACCGCGUAAAAUCCACCCGUAAUCACUGGGUCUUCACCCGUAAUUUUGCGUGUAAUUGGUUACAUGCGCCCGUAAUUAACCUCCAGCACCGCGUAAAAUCCACCCGUAAUCACUGGGUCUUCACCCGUAAAUGUUCACCUGUAUCCUUGUGCUCAAAUUACGGGACCCGUAACGUGUUACGGACCCGUAAUUUCUGUCAAAUUACGGGUGGAUUGACCCAAAAUUACGGGUAAAAUGACCCCCCUUUUCCCAGAGUGA